AUGAUUCUGCCACAGACUUAUCUGAACGGUCGAAACGACUUUGGCAGGGCUCUUCCUCCCCCUAGGCUCAACACCAGACAUGAUAUCCCAAGAAGGCCAGACGUUCAUAAUGAAAACCUAGAGGAUCUCGCCGACAUUGCAACAAGACAACUCAAGGCUGCCGUACCAAGGCUGUUACCGCUGCCAUUCUCAAACUACACUCUGUCUACCGCAGACCGGUCUCCCAAGCAUCAGGACGAGCAACAUCAGAGAUCCCACUCCAACUACGAGACAACACGAGCGAGUCCUGGCCUUGAAUAUCCAUGGCGCAGGAGCAUUAGCAGCAGCCUCCCGACCCUAUCCCCUCUUUCCACAGCCCAUAGCUCUCCAGUUAUCACACCUGUCACACCACCAGCUCACUACAGCAACCAGAACAACAGUAGUAGCAACAGCAGCAGCAACAGCAACAACAACAACACCAUCUACACUACCCAAGGCCCGGCUGAAGUUCCAAUACCUCUGUCAUCAGCAUGGAACGAUGACCAAGCACGCCAGAAACAGCACUUUGCCGCCCUUACCCGCUCACGACGACUGCAAACCCGGGCUGCACCAUACAGCCUCGAUCGCCCCCAGACCCGCAGGGCACCGCUGAUCCAGCAGCUGAUCCAAGACGGCGAGAGGAAGCGCCACUUCAACCAAAAGUACAAAAACCCAGACAAGCUCUUCAUCCUGUACCACAAGGUCGACCUGAAGUGGGGCUGGCCUGCGAUCCAGGCACGGCGGCUCCAGCUCCUGCCGGUCCUCCUGGGUAGCGACUACGACCGAGAGGUUGAGGAGGCCCGCCAGGUGGCCGGGCUGAACGGCAUGUACUACCGGGAGAACGACCUCAACAUGCCAGUGCUGACACCUGACGGGAGCGGCCUGGUCUUUGUCGAGCGGGACGGGCGGUGGUGGGAGCUCACACAGAGCCAAAAGUGCCGGAGCGGUGAUAAUAACAAUAACAGCAACAACAACAACAACAACAACAACAACAACAACAACAAGAUGGGAAGAAAGCCUGGCGCCGCCGAACAGAGACCCAGGGGCAUGGUGGAGAGGUACCCUGAGGAGGUGCUGCUGUACUGGGAUGACCACGUGCGGUACUUCAUUCCUGAGGAGAGGAGAUACGAGGUUUACUCCAAGGCGAGGAGAUACUGUGAGAUCCGGGCCGAGCAGAGGAGACAACAUGACGUCCCACAGUGGGCUCUCGACAACAAGGAAGAACGGGUGCUCAACCCAAAGAGACCCAAAAAGACAGCAGACGAAAGCCAGUCCGCCUCAAGAGGCAGGAUGACUAGAAGGACGAGGCGUGUGUGA